AUGGAGAGCAAAGGAAUUCCCGGUGAUGAGGGGAUUACACUGACUCCGGAAGACCGCUCGCAAGCUAUUUCUGCUCUAGUCGAAGAACAGCAAAGCUGGCUAGAGAAAAAGCUGAAGCCGAAGACCAUCAAUGCCCGCUAUCCAUUCACGGGAAAGCCCUUGCUUUGGGCAACAUGCGGAUUUGGCAGCUUGGGUGAUGCCCUAUUUGGCUUAAAUUCAGGCAUUAUGUCCGGUCUACUGGUGAAUUCGGUCUUUAUAUCCCGCUUUUUCAAAGACUAUGGGGGUGCCAAUGGUAGCACGGAUGGUGUCAACCCUUCGAUCACUGGUAUAUCUGUCGCAUGUCUGCAGGCUUCUGCAGCGGUAGGGUCACUACUGGCAGGUCGAUUGGGAGAUAUAAUCGGCCGCAAGAAGUGUGUUCGCAUUGGUGCCUUCAUAUACUUCUUCAGCGCUUUCAUCCAAAUGUUUGCUCCAGGGUUUGGUACCUUCGUGGCCGGCCGCACGAUUCAAGGGCUGGGGGUUGGAUUUUUAUCAAUGACAGUGCCUAUCAUUCAAACCGAGAUUGCCGCACCCCAUCGACGAGGACUGAUGGUGGGCAUUGAGUACACAUUCCAAAUUGGUGGCUACAUGCUGUCUUGCUGGAUUGACUAUGGGUUUUUCUUCGCUUUACCUAGUAAUAUGUCUUGGCAAGGCCCGUUCAUUCCUCAGAUUGUCCUCUCUUUUAUUCUUCUUGCCAUGUCCUUCUUUCUCCCGGAAACCCCUCGUUGGCUUGCUAUGAAUGGUUUUAGCCGGGAGAGUCUGCAGACCAUUGCUGAUCUACACUCUGAUGGAGAUACACAGGCGGAACAUGUGCAAAAGGUCUAUUUGGAGAUUCAAGAAGCGGUCAUCUACGAGGCUCGUCAAGGAAAAUCAAGCUGGAAGGAAAUGUUUACACGCUACCGUAAGCGGACGAUCGUGGGAAUCACAGCUCAGAUGUAUGCCCAGAUCAACGGCAUCAACAUCAUUUCAUUUUAUCUUCCGAGCACACUGGCUUCUGCCGGGUAUAAUGAGAAGAAGUCGCUGCUUCUCACGGCCGCAAAUUCACUUCCUUAUACUGCUGCCACUGUUGCGACUUGGUGGCUAGCAGACCGGUGGGGUCGAAAGCCACUGCUUCUUGUAGGAGGUCUUGGCAUGGCUGUCCUCUUAUCUAUUGUCUGUGUGUUUACCGAAGCUCCCUUCAGCAUUGAAACCAAGGCAAACGGGCAGUAUGCCUUCGUCAUGCUGUAUAAUGUUCUUAAAGGAAUGGCCCUUGCGACAACAAGCAACUGGGUUUUCAAUUUUAUCAUUGGCAUGGUAUCACCCGAUGCAUUUGCCGGUAUCCAUGGGUAUUUCUACCUCAUCAUCGCAUUCUUCUGUCUGUCCUCGGCGGUAGUGUCGCAUUUCUAUUAUGUCGAGACGGCCGAUCAUACUCUUGAGGAAAUUGCUGUUGCCUUCGGUGAGAAAGCGUUUGCAAGUCCCGAUAAUGAGGUGAUGGAGAUUGCCCAUGAUGAUUCCAAGUGUGAUAAAGAGCAACAUCUAGCCUGA